GGUGACUUCGUGAACAUUCCGAAGCAUGUGCAACGUUUCAUUGCCGAGAAGGCAGAGAUGAUGAAUCCGAGUGCGAUCUACAUCUGUGACGGAUCGCAGCAAGAGUACGAUGAAUUGAUCGCAUCAGCCAUGAAAUGUGGCAUGCUCUUUCAGUUGAAGGCCUACGAGAAUAACUAUCUGUGCCGUACCGACCCCCGUGACGUGGCUCGUGUUGAGGCGAAAACGUGGAUGAUCACUCCCGACAAGUAUCAGUCGGUGUGUCACACUCCUGAAGGUGUUAAGUCGACGAUGGGCCAGUGGAUGGGUCCCGAGGAGUUCGGUAAAGAACUGGAUGACCGUUUCCCUGGAUGCAUGUCUGGUCGUACGAUGUAUGUGAUCCCGUACUCGAUGGGACCAGUCGGUGGACCGCUGUCGAAGAUUGGUAUUGAGUUGACUGAUUCGGUGUACGUGGUGCUGUGCAUGCGAAUCAUGACUCGUAUGGGCGCUGCUGUAUUGCACGAACUGACUCGAACCCAGGGCGAGUUUGUGCGAUGCGUGCAUUCGGUUGGUGUGCCGAGACCCGAAAAGGUCGAGGUGAUCAAUAACUGGCCUUGCAACCCCGAGAAGACUAUGAUUGCUCAUCGACCCGCAGAACGUGAGAUUUGGUCGUUCGGUUCGGGUUAUGGUGGUAAUUCGUUGCUGGGCAAGAAGUGCUUUGCGUUGCGUAUCGCGAUGAACAUUGGCUACGAUGAGGGCUGGAUGGCUGAGCACAUGUUGAUUAUGGGCAUCACGAGUCCACAAGGGGGUCAGGAACGCUUCGUGGCCGCAGCGUUCCCAUCCGCAUGCGGAAAGACCAAUCUGGCCAUGCUGCAACCGACCGUGCCCGGUUGGAAGGUGCGUGUGAUCGGUGACGAUAUCGCGUGGAUGAAGUUCGGUGCCGACGGUCGUCUCUACGCGAUCAACCCCGAGGCCGGCUUCUUCGGUGUGGCGCCCGGAACGUCGCAUAAGACCAACCCAAUGGCCAUGGAGAGUUUCCAGAAGAAUGCAAUCUUCACCAACGUUGCAAUGACCGAUAAUGGAGAGUACUUCUGGGAGGGUCUCGAGAAAGAAAUCAAAGACCCGGUGAGAUAUUUCAUCUCGACGUUACGUCUUUAUUAUGACCAAUAUUAUGCGAACAUUCCGGACAUGCUGAUGAUUUACGCACUGCAGAAAGUUGGAAUGAUCAACUGGUUGGGUCAGAAAUGGCAUAUCGGUGAUGAAGGCAGAGCCGCACAUGCGAACUCUCGAUUCACCGCCCCUGCUGGACAAUGCCCCAUCAUCCAUCCGGACUGGGAGAAACCAGAGGGUGUACCAAUUGAUGCGAUUAUCUUUGGUGGAAGAAGGCCUGAGGGUGUACCAUUGGUAUUCGAAUCACGUGACUGGGUGCACGGUAUCUUUGUGGGUGCGUGCGUUAAAUCUGAAGCAACUGCAGCAGCAGAGCAUACCGGCAAACAAGUAAUGCAUGAUCCUAUGGCAAUGCGUCCGUUCAUGGGCUAUAACUUCGGUAGGUAUAUGCGUCAUUGGAUGAAGCUUGGACAACCACCACACAAGGUACCAAAGAUCUUCCACGUAAACUGGUUCAGACAGAGUGCCAGCCACGAGUUCUUAUGGCCCGGAUACGGUGAUAAUAUUCGUGUGCUUGAUUGGAUCUUGAGACGAUGUGCUGGCGCUACUGAUAUCGCUGAAGAAACUCCGAUCGGUUUCGUACCCAAAAAGGGAACGAUCAAUUUGGAAGGUUUACCGGCCGUGAAGUGGGAUGAGUUGAUGUCAAUUCCAAAGUCGUACUGGCUUGAGGAUAUGGUUGAAACCAAAACAUUCUUUGCCAACCAGGUUGGAUCUGAUCUCCCAGACGAAAUCGCGAAGGAACUGGAGGCGCAAACAGCUCGUAUAAAAGCGAUGGCUUAA